AUAGGUUGUGACUGUGAGAGAGAGAGAGAGAGAGAGAGAGAGAGGAAAAUGGGUGGACGGAAAGUCCCCGUGUGGAAAUCCCCUUGACUUUGGCUUUUCUUUUUUUUAACUAUCGUUUGCGGACGUGUGUACUCUUUUGAGAGGCUUCGCAAGCAGCGAGAGCUCCAAAUUAGCUCUAAUAGUGAAGGAAAGAGGAGGAUGAAUGGCGCCGAGCACCGCUGCGGUGAGGCUGAGUGAAGUGGCUGAGAGAGGACUAGCCUGAGCAUCCGGCAGGGCUUUGUUAUUACCCCGACAUAUUAACACAGGUAAGACACUCGUCCUCCCUCCCUGUCCACAUGUGGACAGCAUUUCUCCUUUACAAGAGAGCUGAGACUCUGUGGGCACAUCACAUCUGGGCCUUGGGUAAUGUAUGGUCGUGUUUCUAGGAGGGGGGACAUGGAGGAAGCUUGAAGCCUGCUCACGACAGUGGCUUUGACAGCCAUUGUUUACAAAGACGUCACCCUCGAGCGCUUAACAGGGCAUUUUUACGGCUAAAUGGAGCGUUUGCGGCGCCGCACCGAGUCGAUCCCCGCGCUGUGAGAUGCUAUUGAAGCCUACAUUGUUUCAAAGGUAGUUGUCAUUGGAAUUACGUAAGCCUUGAACGUCAGCAAAGUCUCCUGUUAUUGUGUUUUUGUGUAACCAGCCAACCUAAACCGCAGAGUCCACCACUGAGACCCCCUCUCUCGCUGUGUGUGUGUGUGUCUGCCUCCAAGUCUUCCAGCGGUGCUGACACACCAAACAGCGAUUAAUGACAACACGCUCACUCACUCACGUCCAGGUGUCUGUUGUCUACCAGCCCCUCUUAUGUAGCCUUUUAGCAUGGCCUAGCCUGUUGUUGCACCUGCUGCUGCUGCUGCUGCUGCUGCUGUUUGGAUAGUAAAGACACAGAGGCCACUGUUAUUAGCCAAGUACUCAGGUGGAGUGACUGUCAACUACAACACGGACUGGCAGCUCUUAGGAGGAGGUUGUCUGGAGUUAAAAAGUCAGCAGAAACUCUAGGCCUCACUUGCUGACCAUUACUUUUCUACUUCCUGUACUCUGUGAAUGUGCUGUCACUUGUCUUUUGAGUGAAAUGCUUCUUUAAAUCCCAAUGGGUGGUGGUAACUUUAAGCUUUUGCAAUACUUGUGAGAAACCCAAAGUUGUGUAAGUACUGAUCAAACCGAGCACAAACCUUAGUGAAAGCUAGAAUACAUGCUUUUAUUCAGGUAAAGCUUAUGAUUGACCUGCUUAGCUGUAUGAAAGGGAACAAAACACUUCCUCAGUAUCAGUUUGCACAAGUGUCUGGUAAUAUCUAACUAAUCCAAACUCUCAACUCAACUUUAUUUAUAGAGCACUUUAAAUACGACCAAAGCUGACACAAAGUACUGUACAUAAUUACAUAAAAACAUAAAACAACAAUAAAUAGUUGGUUUAAAGUAUAAUAAAAACAAUAAAAAGACAAUAAAACAAAAGCCGUCUUAUGCUGGGUCAAAAGCCAAGGGAUAAAAGUGGGUUUUCAGACAGGUUUUACAAACUUAAACUCUGUUUCAAACUGUGAGUUGAGCGGUCGGAAAGAAGCCUUGGGUUUUAGCCGGUGUGACCUUCCUGUGCUGCCCCGGCUGGCUGUAAGUUACAGUUUGGAAAGCACCAGUUUUCUCAAGGUAGACCUAAAGCUUUACAGGGACACUAGGAUCCCCUGUUUUGGAGGGAAAUCAAAUACCAUCAGGACUGAAAAGAGAUGAGAUUUGAAUAGAAAUAGAGCAAUAUAGAAAAGGGUCCUAUCUGUGUGUUUGUUGCAUUUUGCCCGUCAUGAUCUGUUGCCAUCUCGAGUCCACAGCGCCAAACAGCCUCCACAGUGCAGUGAUCCUGCGUGAGUGUGUGUGUGUGUGCGCGUUGGGUGCUUUCCCAGACACACUGUAAAUUAAGUUGUGCCUUGAGUCUCAAUUAAUGAGGAAGGGGAUUCUCCACUAAGAAUUUCCCACCAGUCUCUGCACUAUUAUUUCUAGUGUACUUUGCUCUGUAAUAACAUCCACUCCUCUUCUCUCCCUCCAGUAACCACGUUGUUCAGUAGGUGGUUGGUGCCUCCUCCUCCUUUCCUCCUCCUCCUCGUUCCUAUUCCUCCCCUCCGUCCAUCCACCCAGCCUUCACACAUCCGCCAUGUCGCAGGGUCAGAACUUCCUCCCCAAAUUCCUGUUUGUGUCCAACCUGCUGAAGGCGGUGAAGAUUCGACAGCGAGUGCCCAACGACGUGGUCAAGCCGGCUGCCAGCGGCGGCCUGAUGCACCACCUGCGGGGGAUGCACCGGUACACGCUUGAGAUGAUCGCCAUGAACCACUUCCCGCAAGCCUUCAGGGAGGUGGUGCAGGCCGCCAUCCUGGACCGAGCCAUGCAGGCCUCACUGGAGCAGGAGAAGAAGCUGAACUGGUGUCGGGAGGUGAAGAAGAUGGUGCCAUUACGGACCAAUGGUAAGAAAAAGUUUAGGAGGAGUUUUUUGGGGGAUUUUAACUUGUAACAGGAUUGGUGAGGUUUUUAGGUGUUUUAUCUAAUUUAUGUAAAACUGAUUUCACAUUUAUAAAUACUGAUUAUGCAAGGAGGAAAAAUUCGACAAAUUUUUCACAGAUGCUACUUCAAACUUUGGUAACUUGAUUUCAAAAGCUGUAGAAAUCCUCGCCGCUCAAGUAUCAGAAUACGCUCUGCUUUUGUUUCAUUUUCUAUGACAGAGGAGGUGCAUUUUUAUGAGUCAGGGCUACCUUAUGUGUAAAAACUAAGAUGUCAUUACUCACAAGCAGGGUUACUGUAAAUGACAACAAUGGAGGGACGCAGGUUCCGCUUUCAUAAACACUCAUUUAGCAGCCCCCCUUUGGUUUUUACUGUGCUGGUCUGGCUGAGCGCUUCUUAGCUAAGUCAUGUUUUCUCUUACGUGGAUGUCGUAACAUGGGAACAUCCCAGAAUAGGCAAACAUUUAAACAUGAUUACUUCUGAUCACAGCUCUGUGCUGGGAAAUUCUUGACAUCACAUGUUUUACUCUUAUUUACUGUUAAUGAUGUUUGAAACACGAGUAUUUCCACAGGUUUUCGUUUACACCCUAAGGGGUAUGUCCCCGCUUUUUCUGCGUGGGUGUAUGUGUGUGUGUGUGUGUGUGUUCAGAGUGUGAAUGUCAGUGAUUCUCAAAACAUCUUGGUUUAUUUCACUUAAAGUUUCACACCAGCCCGAAUGACUGAUGCAGGUUUAUUCUCCUUAUGAGAUGAAUCAAGUGUGACCAAAUGCAACUGUGUGUUAUUGUCUCAGCAGGCUCUUUUAGAUUUAAAUUCCACUAACUUCAACACAUCUGCUGUGCGUAUAAGGACUAUUUUUAGACGAGGGGAAAAUAGAGUCUUUAAACCAAAACAUCAUGUGCGACAUUCACAAUAGAAAAAGAAAGCGGAAAUCAAGCUAUGUUACAAGUUUGACGUAAACAUGUACGUCUCUAGGGGAAGUGUUUUCUGUUUUUUGCAAAGGAAGUGAUAAAAAAAUUUCUACAUAGAUCUCAUCUGAGUUUUACUAACUGGAAGGAUGAGGGCAUGUUUUGUGGCCCCUUGUGUGAUUUCUGUACAUUGUGACAGACUUUGUGAGGGGCCCCCUGCCGGUCCACAUCCCGUACCUAAAGUCAUUACAGUAAUUUAACCUGUAGUUCCUCUUCAGAAAGACCCCAAACUGAUGACAAACACGUCUGACUUCUGCUGCCAGUAAGUAACCUGGAUGGAAUUUCCUGGCUUGUGAAGAUGAUGUCAUAAAGAUGAGACAGAUUUUAGAGCCUGAGCGUCUAACUCUGAAGGACCCAGACGUGACUUUGAGCAGAGGACGGACAACACACACACACAUACACACACAUAGAGGACUGACUGACUGCUGCUGAGUCACUGGAGCUCAGCAGACACACACACACAUACACACAUAUAUACAUACAUACAGAGGUCCAUCAGUGGACGUCCAGUCAGAGCAGGUCAGAUUAAUCAGGCUUCACAGAAUCCUAACCCGACACAAGUUGACUGUCUGUCUGAACUUAAAGAGCAUUUAAGCUGGUUUCUAUCUUACCCUAAAUCCUCUCAUCUUCCCUGAACAGCUUCAUUAACUGCACAUUCCCAGGACAACAAAUACGACUUUCUUCCUGUUUCAUGCUACUUUCACAUCCAGCGAAGAGCUCUCUUAUUGAGAUUCAGUGCCUCCUCUGUCUUGAACGACUACGAUGCAUCCGAGGGUUUUUCCCAAACUGCAUCCCAUGUCUGUCAUGUGUCCCCAACAGGCAGGAUUUGUUCAGCUGCAAUACACUGACUCUACAUACUGUGUUAGAAAAGAGGACACACACAUACACACACACUCACUGCCACAGUUUUUAUGGUAUAAGUUAGGUUUCUCUUCAUGAUAAGGUUUCAACAUAAUCUGGUAAAACAUGCCGUCAAUUUGAAAGAACUCCAUUUCUCCAGCAAAAAUAGUCUUGGCCGGUGCUUUUUUUGUUGGACUGGUCCUAUUAGACAGCUUGUGUACAAAGAGUGGGCCGGUUGAUGAUAAGUGAUUGGAAAGGACAACAUUGCAAACUUGCAGUAAGUGUCACCUGGAUGGCGACCAAAAAAAGGCUUAAGCGUGGUCGUCUGCCGGUGUGUUUUCAGGAAGUGUCCCAGCUUGCCACAGAGGAAGUGUCUAUAUUUAGACAGAUGGGACCAGCAGACCGUCUUUCAUCUUUAGUCAUCAGGCAGCUCAUUUCAGGGUCAAAAGUCUGUAUGUCUUUGUGCACAAGAGCAUCUGAUGAUGAUGGCGAGUUUGGGUGUUUGUGCCCACUUUUUGUGUGUCUGUGUAUGUAACUCUUGAGGAUACCUUUUUCUCACUAGAGAACUCGGCAUUUGAUGUUUUUUUGUCGAGAGUGAUGCAAGAGAGUCGAAAUGCAACAUGAGGUAGAGAUUGAGAGUGUGUAAAAGCAGUAGAUGUUUUUUUGUUUUUCUCAAAGUACAGUUGGAUGUUGCUUGGGAUGAAUGGAAACAACUGUACGUUACAGCCAUCUGGCGCCACUCAUACUACUAUUAUGAGGAAAACAGUUUGGUCAGAUACUCAACCCCCCUGGCUUAUCUCAUUUUACAGUUUGUCUAUCGCAGGCUAACAUUUGCUUAGCUGUGGUUUUGAUGAACUAGCUGUUACUGUGCUAAGUUCAGUUGCAUGUGAACUAUUUUUAGGGAAACUCUAUUGAACAAAGAAACGCAGAUCAUAAAGCCAGACAAGACAGUACAUUUGUAUACCUGUGAGAGGACAUGUUCUCUCAGUGCGCAUUAAUCACAGCUUACAUCGGGUGUUGAUAGCAGUAGUUAAAGAAAUAACAUUCCAUCCUGUCCAAGCCCCGCCCCUGUGGAAAGUCCAGGACUAGCAGAGUAGCAUUGAUGAGUUAGGAUCAUAGAAGGGGAACACACAAAUGCACAAAAGUAAGCAGCGGGAAAUUCCUGUGUUUAGUGUGGCAACAGGGUUUUUCAUUGCUUCACACAUAGAUACACAUGGGCUCUUCUGUUUCACAAUGAGAAAAAGACCCAGUGCUGCCAUUGGAGACAAAAUAAAAUUCCAGGGUUUAAGUUGCUCCAGAUCUCUUAAAUGUGCAAAAAUGUCCUUUAAAAAAUGUUUUCCUUUUAUAAAGUCAGCAGUUUUCUUUGACACAAAACUAUAAAAGCAUCAAAAAGAGAUUCAUUACUAAAACGUGUUUUUCACGUACACUGAGAAUAACUUUUCUGGGACCAGCGGGGUCAAAACAGAUCUUUGACUGAAAUUUGUGUGCACUCUCACAUAUGUAAGGGUCAUAUAAUAGUCUAGUGCAACAACUGACCCGGCGGCCUGGAAUUCCCCAGGGUUUUGUUACGCUUCUGUGUAUAGACACUGAUAGUGUCUGUUGAGCGGCGUGUGUGUGUGUGUGUGUGUGUGUGUGUGCAUGCUCCCCUACACUAUUUAGGAAGUGGGCUACUGUCUCUUGUGUAAAAUUAGCUGUCUGUACUGAUAACAUCUGUGUUUGCCCGCCUCUUCUGUAUGUGUCUGUAGGAGAUGGGAACUGUUUGCUCCAUGCGGCCUCUCAGUACAUGCUGGGCGUUCAGGACACCGACCUGGUGCUUCGAAAAGCUCUCCAUGGUGUCUUGAAAGAGACUGACACCGGCGUCUUCAGAGCUCGUUUCCAGGCUGAGCUGCUCCAGUCCCAGGAGUUCACGCAGACUGGACUCCGAUACACCACCAUGGUAUGAAGAUCAGACUAGAUCAGGGGUCAAGAACCUUUUCCAUGAAAGGAGCCAUUCUUGUCUACUUUUAAUGAACUUAAGAUAGCCUUUUAAGUCUCUGUAUGUAGACAUGGUAGAUCUUUGACCAAGCUUCAAAGUGCAGCUCUAAGGUCGUUACAUUAACCCGGCAUUUACAUUGAAGUAAAAUCAUAUAUUAGAAGUAGAAGAAAGAAAACUGUACGUGUUUUACUUUUAGGAAAUGCUAUUUUCAGCCAAACACAAAACUGAACAUUUGUGAAAAUAACCUCACAGGAAUGCUGACUAUGAGACAGAGAGGAGAUGAGAUUAGACAGAUUUUAGCUUGCUGUCAAUUUUGCAAAAAACUUCAGACUUGUGAAUGCUGACGAACUUUAAGUCCUUCUCUUUGUGCGAAUAAUGAUUAAAUACAAUACAAACACAAUAAUGUAGACUUUGCUCACUGUCAGCCGGAUGUUGUUUUAAAUAUAAUUCAAUAAAACUUUCACCAACUACAAAAAAGGUGUUAGGUAAUCUCUUUCAGACUUAAAAAGCAUAAAACUAGCGAGAUCAGGGAGAGAUCAGUGAAUGAAAUCAGGCGAACAAGCUGCAAAAGUUGGUCUAUUAACAGAUUUCUAAACUGUGUAAUGCAACUUCUGUUUCCAAACACUGCUGCCCAUUUUCUUGAUAUGAGGGCUGUAAGAUGUCACUUUGUUCCUCACACUCGUCUGCAAACUCUUGGUCAUGAGGGUGGAGCAGUUUUAGGGUUUAAAUAUAGGUCAUUGAUGAGAAAACCUGCCUGCGUUGAUUCCAGUACACUGGUCUGAAGAUGGAAAUAGCUUUGAACACAUUUUCAUGUUCUAAUUGUCAGGAAAAGGAUGAUGUGUUUCACAGACGAGUUUGUCAGGUUUUGGGAAGUUUUGUUGUCACAUCUGUGGUUUCGUGCAAGAAUUCACUCUUACUGGCAGUAACUUUGAGCUGUUUGGUACUGUCUCAGGAAACUAUGAACAUUUAAGUGAUGAAAGUUUAGAAAUAGUAAUAAUUUGUUGUUUGGGCCACUCAUUUAACAGAGAGAACAUUUAAAAACUUUUAAAAUGAUUUUUUAAGAUAUGGAUUUUCUGAGCUACUGGAGAGGGUGCAGAAGAGCUUUGUAUGACCCCAGAAGUGCAGAUUUCUGACCCUCAGACUAGUUUGAUGUUAAAAGUCUUUCCCCUUACUUUGCAUCAGGUUCUAUGAACAGCAGGAACCUUUUCAAUGCACUGUAUUAUAUUUAUGAACAAUACUAUGUGCUUAAAUCAAUAAUGUACAUGUAUGUGUGUCUCCAGAAUUGGGAAGAAGAGUGGGAAAAGAUCGUGAAGAUGGCGUCUCCAGUCUCCAGUAGCAAUGGCCUCCAGUUUGACUCUCUUGAGGACAUUCACAUCUUUGUCCUGUCCAAUAUUCUUCGCAGGCCCAUCAUCGUCAUCGCAGGUACCUGCCUUUAAUGACCACAAGUGUGUUUAUUGCUUCUGUUCUACUGUCAAAUAUUGGCUGGUCUUAUUUCAACAUCUUUUGAGGUGAAAAAGAGAAGCACUGUAUCACCGUAGCCACAUGCCUGAACUAUUUAGCUGUUAGUUGUUGUGAAUUCUUUGUUGACCACCAAAGAAGCGUCUAUUCUUUGAGGAGAUGUAGGACAUUAGGGUGACAUUCUGAGUUGUUCAUGGUUUUUGUUAUGUCCAUGUUAUUUAGCAAACAUUUCUUUAGUCAAGAAAUGUUCCAAUUAGAGAAAUUUGAUUGAAGGAAAAAACAUGUACAAUAAUAACAUAUCUAAAUUGUGUUUGAAAAUCUGUUAUUUUUAUGCCAGCAGUAACUCUGAUACCACUGUUCUUUUUACAGACCAGGUGGUCAGGAGUAUGAAAUCUGGUUCCUCUAUCUCUCCUCUGAAUGUGGGUGGGAUUUAUCUGCCUCUACACUGGCCGCCCACGGAGUGCUACAAAUACCCAAUCGUGCUUGGCUACGACUCCCAGCACUUUGCCCCCCUCAUCACUAUCAAAGACAGUGGUCCAGGUAGGAAUCCCUCAGAGACGGGUGUUAUGCAGCUGACACAACAAAUUUAGAUGGAAACGGCCUGACAUGAAGUCCUCAUGCUGUAUUUUUUUUCUAUGUCACACCUUGAUCUGAUAUCCCAGAGAUCAGAGCGGUACCGCUGAUAAACCCAGGACGAGGAGGUUUUGAGGAGCUCAAGGUUCACUUCUUGAUGGAAAAAGAACAGCAGCAGAAAGAGAGGCUCCUCAAAGACUACCUUCUUCUGAUAGAGAUCCCUGUCAUAGGCUUGGGCUAUGAUGCUACACGGAUCAUCAAUGCUGCACGGUACUAAUAAACUGUGUUUUCUUAUUGUUUAAAGACUGUUGUCCUCAUUGUAGUUGCCAUAAUUUGAAUUCUGCUUCUUUUAGGGAGUUUAUUUAUAUGGUGAUGAGCCAAUACAGUUCAUUUCUGAUGAUCACAUGAUUGAAAAUUUAUCAGCACACCAGUAGACACAGUUUUUAUUGUUAGAACAUAAGUGAAAAAGAAAAAAAAAACAUUAUAUAUCAUUAUAUGUCUGUCUCUGUUUAUGUCCUAAGGCUGGAUGAGGGGAACCUUCCUGAGGACAUGAACCUGAUGGAGGACUACCUGCAGCUUGUCAACCAUGAGUACCAGCGCUGGCAGGAGGACAAGGAGCAGGCGUGGGCUGCCCAGCCGCAGCGCCCACCACCCUUCUCUGUCUCCCAGCUCUCCCUCAUUGAGAUCCGCUGUGCCACACCGCGAUGCACCUUCUAUGUCUCUGUGGACACGCAGCCUCAUUGCCAUGAGUGCUUUGAGAAGCGGCAGGCCACUACUGGAGGAGGGACGAGGAUAGAGGGUGUAGUGCAGACCAAGGGAGGAGGGGUACAAGGUGGGGUUGGAGUAAUAGGGGGGUCAGAGACUGAGGUGAGCUCCAGAGGAGCACGAAGCAGUAGCCCCCCGUCCUCCUCAACAGGGAGAGGGAUGGCGUUAUCCAGCCCCCGUUCAGCCCCACCUACGGCCCCCAGCCUCAGCUUGUACAGUGAAACUCACGCCAUGAAGUGCAAGACACCCGGCUGCCUCUUCACCCUCAGUGUGGAGCAUGAUGGACUUUGUGAGCGCUGCUUCAACUCUAGGCAGAACCAUGGACCCCCUGCAGGUGGAACUGCUGCCACAGGACUCCCAGGACCCAAUGGGGGGCCUGCAGUCCCACAUCCGGGCCAGGGCUCUGGCUGGUCGCAGUGGGGGGGUCGCGAGACAGAGACAGAGCGCUGCAGUAUGUGCAGACAGGAAGCGUUCAGGGUAUUCAAUGGCCUGUGUCCACCCUGCAUGCAAAGACAGCAGGCUCCAGAGAGGGGAGAGCCACAGCAGAACAACCCCAGGACUGAGGCCUCUUCUUCGGCUUGGACCCAGGCCAGGGAUGCUGAGCGGCCGUGCCUCACCCUAACCCCGGGUCACACCUCAGCUUGGCAAGCCCCUCUGGCCCGACCUUGUAAAAGAUCUGGCUGCCAGUUCUUUGGGACGCCAGAGAAGUUGGGCUUCUGCACUAUUUGCUACGUAGACUAUCAGACUAACCACCGUAAGUCCUGACACAGAACCAGACCCAGUGUACCCGACUUUAGCCGCUGAUCAUACAUUUGUUUUGCAUUUCUAUUUUCAUUCAUCUAAAGUUAUACUGGACAUUGCUUACGUUUCAGAUUUGACCCCUCCACCUCCUCCAGUCCAGAACCGGCACGGUUUGGAGGCAGGUUUUCAGAAUGCGUCACGGUGUCGGGGGCCUGGCUGUGGUGCAGUUGGCAAGGCGAUGCUGGAGGGUUAUUGCGAUAAGUGCUAUGUCAAGGAGCAAAGUGCACGACUCAACCAGGUGGCACAUCGCACCCCACACUCCCCUCCUAUGGUCAUGGUAGGUAUCUGCCACCCCUGUCCUGCUCCACUACACCUUUGUACCUUUUCUUGCUCAUAUUGUGAUUCUUGCUCUCUACCAGACUCUUACGUUCUUACGGUUGCUCUUCUGUUCCUAAUUGACCUCUGUUCUUUCUCUCUUCCCAACCCCAUUUGCCAAUCCGCACAAACAGCGUGACCGAGCAGUCAAACCCAGAUCUUCACAGCAAUCCCAGACUCAAACCCAGACUCAGUGCCGGCGGAGUGGCUGCAGUAAUGUGUCUCCGGGUUGCACAGACCUCUGCCCAGAGUGCCACACACGAGGCCAGGGCAGAGAGGCAGGCAGGCGGGCGCAGGCGCCCAAGGAAAAGUCCAAGCAGCGGUGCCGGACGCAGGGCUGUGACCACUACGCCAACCAAGAAAAACAGGGCUACUGUAACGAGUGUGACCACUUCAAACAGAUUUACCGCGGCUGACCACAUGCACAUCCAAGUACGAAACAACGGUGACGACACAUUGCUAGCACGUUAGAGCUGCUGCCCUGCUGUGGGCGCCCCAUGCCAGUCAAUGCACCUCUGAAACUAACUAACCAACUAACUAACUAGCUAGUGACUAACUAGUAACCUUAUGGCCUGAAAAUCAACCCUCCCCCCAUGUAGAAUGUGAAGAGAGUGUGUGUACGUGGGGGGUGGGUGGGAGGGAGGUUGGGAGAGUGUGUGUGUGUUCAAAGUAGACAUGGCCUCCAGAAUACCUCUUUGUGCAAUUAUUAUCAUCUACUGUGCCCAGUGCACUUACACGGUGAGAGGUGUGGCUACAUGUCAGAGCAACUGACUUAACUCUUGUGUACAAUAUGUAUUUAAAGGUACGCAUCGAAUCGUGCCGGACAAAAUGAUUGUAUGUUGACAUAACAAGAAGCAUCUGACAUUGCUUUUUAGACCACAGCCAAGGAUUUUUACCCCUCGUCUGUCUGUCUGUCUGAACCCAUCUGUGUACCUGUCUGCCUGUCUGUCUAGCAGUGCUCUGUAGAGCAAGGGAUACAGGAGUUAGAGAAGCCCAGCAACCAAUCUAUGGAAAAACACGGCAGUAAUGAGCUACACUGGGCCAAAGCAAAGCAAGCGAAGUGCUUAAAACCAAUUUUUUUAAUCUUAGUCGUCCUCCUCCAAAAAGAAAGGAAUCAUUGCCAAAAAAGGCUCUUACAAUCAAUAUUGUAUAAUGGUCAAGUAUGAACUUCUUCCAUAGUCAGUUAAUAGAAUUGUUAAUAUUUUUAGCCAAAUUUACCUUAGUAUUUUUACAUAUCUUUUAUAUAAAGACAACAUGGUAAAUUGCAAGAUAUGGAAAGUGAGACCAUGAGUCGAAAGAGUGCAAGACAGACAGGGCAGGUCCCUGCUAGUUUUGGUGCUACAUGUACAGAAAUACAAGCCUCUCCAUUGUAGCCAACAUGCUGGCGGUGUCAGCGGACAGAACGUAGAGAGCACAGUGGAGACAGGACUCAUUCUCUUUCUAUUCUCUCUGUCCUUCCUUUUAUUCCCUCUCCUCUACCCCCAAACAGAUCUGUUGCCUUGGACAUUGUUUUCCUGUUUACUGAUCACUUAAGCACCUAGAAAUGCAUAGAUACACAAACCUAUACAUACGCACACAAAUGUAGUAGCUCCGGUUCUGUCAGAAGGGGAUUGCCAGCUAUAAAGAGAACUAAUACCACAAUGAAGUGAGAAGUCUGGAUGACUUUCCACCCUGCCACCACAUGCACACAUAUGCACACACACAUGCACAUGCAAACACAGCUCUGUGAGAUUGUACGCCCCACCCCAGCCUGAGGAGAUUCGCAGGUAAACAAACCUGUAGAGGUGAAUUCCUCUCUGCUCCACCCCACUGGAUGUGCCAAGGCGACAAUUUCAAAACUUCAUAGAGCAAUCUCAUUGCCUGCUUUGGCUAAUCUCUUUUAUCUGAAUGUGUUUGUGCUGUUGAUACAACAGCACACUAUUGGGGCUGAUCCUCGAUAAGUUUUGCCUUUAAGUAGUGAUUGAAAUUUUAUGGACCAGAGGGGCCUGAUCAGGGAUUCUGCAUCAGUGCCCCCACCUAUCAAAUGCUUUUGUGAAUAUGGAUCUUGGUCCAUAUUAUAGGACCUUCCAACCGAUGCCUCAUCUGCAACACACACACAUACACACACAAAACGCACCUAUGCGUGCGCCUGGAAUACUCAAAACUGACAUUCCUGUUUUUUUUCUAUUGUUUUCGGGAUUUUUUAAUGUAUUUUGAUAUAUUUGGUUUUGUUUUUUGCCAAAAAAUACAUGUGCCAUCCAGACAGUUGUUGUUACCUCCUUAAAAAUGGCCAGCCUGGACCAUUCUGAACUAACUAGAGCACCACAGGUAGACAUCUCCAAUCCUGUCCCCACAGACUACUAGUAAUAAAGCUCUCAUGUUAGAAAUCCCUAAAUGGGCGCUUUCUCUCACAAGUCCCUAUUUUAUCCAAAUACAAAGAUAUAUUUAUCUACAGAGAUAACCUCAAGCUUCAAACAUUUGUCUGACUAACCUAAAUGUGAUUUCAACAGAAACAGUUACUCCCCUUUGUGCUUCUGUUGAAGAACUCUACUGCUGUAGGCAGAUGUCCAUCUGUGGCUCUAGUUAGAGAAGCAUAGACAAACAGGCUCUUGGUCUGCCUUUUCAUUCAACUGUAUCUAAAGCUGUCAGGCCAGCCCAGGUGUUGACGGCCUGUACGUAGAUCUCUGUGUGCUUUAAUCACCUCUAGACAAACCUUAAUCAAUUAAAGGCCAAUUAGCUGUCAGCUCAUCAUGACCUCUUAACAAUGUUAGGCGGUUUUGACUGAGUUUGACUGGGGAGAGAUCACGUAAGUUGCACAUGACUUGUCUAAGCUGUUGAGGCAUUUAGGAAUGGUACUCCGACUCGCUUAGGGACAUUCCAGCAGUAGGAAGAGCAUCAGUUUAAGAGCAGAAGGUGUAACAAAACAUGCAAACUGUGUGGAAGUUUCUUUGUGUGAUCUUUCGACAAUAGGGUAUUGUAUGAAAAAGCCUGGUUUUAUUUGUUAAGUAUUUAUUCAUAUCAAGAUAUCUGUAUUGUGUGAUUCAAUAAUUAUUUAUAUGUCGUCCUGAAAUGAAUUAUUUUUAUUAAGAAACCUGAAA